CAGAAGAUGACUCAGCAUGGAGGACAAGAGGUUUAACUUUAGCCUUAAAAAACAUCUUUUACCUAAAAAUAAAAAUAACCACCUGCGAGAUCCAACAAAUGACUUCAGCAUCAUUCCGUCAUGGAACAAAGAGUUCGUGUGCCUGCUUGGUCUGGAAGAGGUGGUCCAGUUUCGCUUAGAGUGGCAGGACAAGAUUGUAUCCACGGUACCUAACAAACAUAGAACCAGGGGGAGAAAGAAGAGGUUUCCUAUACCUUCUGUAGUGCCAGCAACCCUUCCCAAAGACCCAUACACCUGUGUGAAGUGCAGCACUGAUGUCUCGUGUUCAUGGAACCGUGAUGGGAACUGUUCCGUUUUGUGUCACACUUGUUUUAAAUGCAGUUGGAGAAAGGAUCACAGGCUCUCCAGUGGACCAAAAGAGACCACUGACAAAUCACCCAUUCUAACCUCUUUCAGUCAGGUUGUGUCUAAUGAGCCGCAGGUUAUAAAAGAGGAUGUCCUCCCUUUACUAAAUCCUUCUCAUUCAACCCCAGAACAGUCAGAUCCUUUAACCAGUUCACCUUCUACGCACUUGUCCAUAUUAUCCCAAUCUGCAUUGUCCACCAACCAGGAAAAGACCAAACCAGAGGAGAAGCUGAAAUGGAAUGCAGCUCCAAAUCAGAAGAUUGAUAAAUGGAUUAAGAAGCCAAAACCGUCCAUGGGGACUCAUGGCAGCUAUGCAUCCCACUUGUCUUCUUCUUUUGGUCAAAGUAGAAAUGUGAACCGCCAGGUUGUGGUGUCACCCAAGAGGGAAAUUUGUUCCACAAAGUUCAGGUCAACUCACAAGUGA